GAUCAAUCUAUGAUAUAGACUGGAUGAUUUUUCUAUGAUAUAGACUGGAUGAUUAAUCUAUGAUAUAGACUGGACGAUAAAUCUAUGAUAUAGACUGGACGAUUAAUCUAUGAUAUAUAGACUGUAUCUAUUUUGAAAGUUUAGAAAAAAAUGUGGUGAUUUGACUGAAGUAAAGUCAAAUAAUUUGAAUGUGAGGAUACAUGUGUAACAAAUAUAAAGGAUUAAAUAUACUGUGUUUAAGUUUUAGGCUGUGUGGAAGAUCAAACUACCCACAUCCAGGUUUAAGGUUACAUUAGUUAAGAGCUAAAUCUGCCUGUUGCAAAUCUUUCUUUAGGCUUCAAAUGUUAUAGAAAUUAUUAAUUAGACAUUUAUUAUAUGACAAGUUCAAAAACAACUCUGUAGAACUUCAGAUGGAUUGGAUUUAAACAGUUGUCCAUUUAAUAAUUAAAUCAAUUUACCAUUAAUCACCGACGUCACUCCUGGAGACUGCCAAUGAAAGAACUGACAAUCAAGGGUACCGUAGCCAUUGAGAAGGUUACUUGAUAAUUGAGAAUAUGUGGGUGGAGUUAUCGUCUGUCAAUCAAACAAUCGGCAAUUCUCGGAGACAGAUGAUACCUACUUCUAGUCCAAACUUCCAACAAGGACAACUUUAUUCAGAAUAAAGUAAUUUGACUGAAAUUUUCAAUAUUUUCUUUUUUAUGAUCUAUUUUUGAAUUUUUAUAGCAAGAAUGGCUAACUCUUUAUUAAACUCUUAACUAAUCUAUCUGUAAAGGGACGUAAAAGAUGAUCUUCUACAAACUUAAUGAUAUUUGCUAACUCUGGAUCUUGCUAACACCAGAUCUUGCCAACUCUAGAUCUUGCUAACUCUGGAUCUUGAAUUGGUCAUUAACCAAAGUAACAUCUGUUUACCGUCAUUGAAGUUAUCGAGAAAUCUAAAAUGGACAUUAUUAGAAAGUACCAGAGCUUAUAAAUGGACAUUCUUAGAAAGUACCAGAGCUUAUAAAUGGACAUUAUUAGAAAGUACCAGAGCUUACAAAUAGACAUUCUUAGAAAGUACCAGAGCUUAUAAAUGGACGUUAUUAGAAAGUACCAGGGCUUAUAAAUAGACAUUAUUAGAAAGUACCAGAGCUUAUAAAUGGACAUGAUUAGAAAGUACCAGAGCUUAUAAAUGGACAUUAUUAGAAAGUACCAGAGCUUAUAAAUGGAUGUUAUUAGAAAGUACCAAAGCUUAUAAAUGGACGUUAUUAGAAAGUACCAGAGCUUAUAAAUGGAUAUGAUUAGAAAGUACCAGAGCUUAUAACUGGACAUUAUUAGAAAGUACCAGAGCUUAUAAAUGGAUGUUAUUAAAAAGUACCAAAGCUUAUAAAUGGACAUUAUUAGAAAGUACCAGAGCUUACAAAUAGACAUUCUUAGAAAGUACCAGAGCUUAUAAAUGGACGUUAUUAGAAAGUACCAGAGCUUAUAAAUAGACAUUAUUUGAAAGUACCAGAUGUUAUAAAUGGACAUUAUUAUAAAGUACCAGGGCUUAUAAAUGGAUGUUAUUAGAAAGUACCAGAUGCUAUAAAUUACAGUUGUAAUAUGUUUAAUAAUUUAUAAAAGAAAACAGCUAGGCUUUGUAUGGAGUUAUUGGCAUCUUCAUUCUAUAUUAAUAUUAGUUACUUACCAAAAUAAUGUGUCUACGAUAUCACCCUUGGUUGAAUUGGACGUAAAACUCCACGAACAAACCAACGAACCAAAAUAACAUUUGUUUACGUUGUUUACAGUAAGUGACAUUAUCGAGAGAACAAAAAAUGGCCAUUAUCAGAAAGAACCAGAACUUUAACUCUUAGAAUUUAUAAAUUUUUAUGCAUAUUCAGUAUUAAGAGCUGAAUAGUGACAAUUGACAAGAAAUAGAUUCACUCAAAUUUAAGGAUGUCAGUGAUUCUAGUUUUGUGCUUUGUGGGGCAAGAGACUGAGGCGACUGCCUUAUGAUGUUUAUCAUGUUUUUUGUGGAUUGCAAAAAUGGACGUUAUUAGAAAGUUCGUAAGCUUAAGAUCCUAGUUUUGUGUUUUGUCGCCCGAUAGAUAGAUAGAUUGAGGGGACGGCUUUGUAAUGUUUAUGAAAGCUUAUCGUGUGAUUUGUGGAUUGCAUGCUAAUGGACAUUGUUAGAAUGUUCGGAAGCUUAUACUCUUAGACUUUGUCAUCGUGUUAUUUGUCGAUCGUUUGCUAAUGGACAUUGUUAGAAGGUUUGGAAGCUUAUACUCUUAGAAUUUCUCAUCGUGUUAUUUGUGGAUCGUUUGCUAAUGGACAUUGUUAGAAGGUUCGGAAGCUUAUACUCUUAGACUUUGUCAUCGCGUUAUUUGUGGAUCGUUUGCUAAUGGACAUUGUUAGAAGGUUCGGAAGCUUAUACUCUUAGACUUUAUCAUCGCGUUAUUUGUGGAUCGUUUGCUAAUGGACAUUGUUAGAAGGUUCGGAAGCUUAUACUCUUAGACUUUAUCAUCGUGUUAUUUGUGGAUCGUUUGCUAAUGCGUAUUGAAUAUUAAUAUUAAGUAUGAUUGAUUCAUGAUCCUAGUAUUGUGCUCUGUGGCCCAGGAGAUUGAGGAAGCCGCUUUAGUUAAGCUUUUCGACAUCUGAUUUGAGGCCCAGGAGAUUGAGUCGGCUUUUCAACAACUUAUUUGUGGACUAUUAAGUUUAUAUGUUAAGACGGCUGGGUAUCGUAUAUGAUCCACAAAUGUAUUGGGAAAAAUAUGCUGCAGAAAUUAUGGGGAGAUUUCUAUGGACGUCACCUCCACACGAUUGCAUAUUUCGGACACAGUCUACUGAUACACCGAUCGGAGGUACGGAAAAGGCCGGAUAUUUAGAACAACUUCGUGCCGAGGAGUCUGUUGGUGCUGCUAAAAAACCUGCUACAACCUCACCCAAAUCAGGUGUGGAAAAAGAGCCCAAUCCCAGUAUCUGGUAUGUCAACUCAGAAUCAAGCAAUGUUCCCAUGGUUACCAGUAUGAUGUCAUCAGAUGCUGGUAACCAUGGCACCAAUGAUAAACGUUCACCCGCUCCGCGUACCAAACCAAAAGGAACGACAGAAUAUGAGGUGAAAUUGCAUGACACGUUAGCGAGUAUAGCAGCCCAGUUUGACACGACACCCUCAGAACUGAUAAAACUCAACAAACUGGUGAUGAGAACAGUCUUUCCGCAACAGGUAUUAUAUGUACCAGAUGGAUCAGCUAGUUUAUCAGAUGAAGAUAUCUCAACACCACCACCACCACCACUAGUCAGUCCACAAGAAAAAAUUAAAUUUGAUGUUCCUCUAGUCAAAAUGGCUGACAAGCCGCCUGCUAAAGUACCAGGUCAUGUAGAGAGACAGAUUUCCCCAGUUUCCCCGCCGCACGACCCAGAAAUACUUCUCCCACAUAAAUUAUCGGAGGAUGAAGUCGAGGUUAUUGAUAAAGAAUGUCUGGAGAGAUUUAUUAAAAUAAAUGUCAAACAUAUUACAGAUGGUCAGGGAGUAGUAAGUGGUACCUUAUUGGUAACACCCAACGCUGUCAUGUUUGAUCCAAAUGUUUCGGAUCCGCUGGUUUUGGAACAUGGAGCGGAGAAAUACGGAAUGAUAACUCCUAUGGAUAUGGUGAUUAGUGCUGCUAUGUAUCAUGACAUCGCUGCCAUGAAACUACGAGGACAGAAAGGUGCUGAUACGUCUCUACCCAAACCCCAGAUUUACCACACGCACACCUGUCCUCUUUACCAUCAUAAAGAUCAUCUGGAUAGUCCGGACAACAACGAACUUGCUACGGACCUCGACAGCAUGAGACCUAGUCGUUCCACCACCGUUGAGAGCCUUUUAUCCGAGGCCGGGAGUAUGUGUUCGUGUGGAGCAAUGUCGCGUGAGGCUAGCGAACUUAAUGAAUCGGUCGGCAAUGUCAGCACCUUGGACACGAGCCACACAACACCGCAAAAACUUUCUGAUAUCGACAGUAUAAUUCCCCAAAAUGUCCACGAUCCACUCGCUUAUGACUCUUUUGAUUCCGAACUAACUGUGCAAUCCAACAUUGUUCCCUCUCAAGGGGAUGGGAGUAACCUCCCUUCUCAAUGGGAUGAGAGUAACCUCCCUUCUCAAGGGAAUGAGAGUAACCUCCCCUCUCAAACUGACAGUAUUAAACAAUCAAGUGAUAAUACAGCAGAAAGAAAUAUUAAUGACACUGUGAAAGCUGACAUUGUUUCCGAAAAUGUUGUCGAUAGUUCAGAGGUCAUUGAGUCAAGUUCCGAAAUCGUUGGAUCGAGCGAUGCCAAACCCGUUUCCCAAACUGCUGAUGAAAGCCAAAAGGAAGUCAGUGAAAUGGUAGACACAAAUGAAUAUGAGUCGAAAAUCGGAAGUAUUUCGUAUUUUCCUAUCGAGGAAAAUGCAGACGGGAAACUGGUGGUUAAAGGAGAGGAAGACACAGAAAACGCUUUACCAAAGAAUUUACGCGUGAAUACGGACAUCAAGGAGGACUUACCGCAAUCACAGUUCAGUCCUUUAAAAGUGUCCGCUCAGCAUUUGAACAAUUUUGUGAAUUAUGCAACCGGAUUGUUCCGCAACACUACAGAGGAUCAAGUUGUUCCGGAUAUUAACGAUAUGAAGGAACCAAUCAGUGAAGAGACGGACAGUAAGUCCGGGCAACUUGACAAACAGUUGGAGGUAGAAAACGCUAUCAAGUUAGAAGAUAAACCAAAUUUAUUCCAGACGCUCGACAAAUUAAUACCUAAACAGUCAAGUGUAUGUGAUGAUCCUCCUCUCUAUCUCUGUUUACGUGUCGGACAACCUAAAUAUAAACAAGUCUCACAAACAUGUCCGAUAGAAAGUUACCGUGGUAACAAGAAAAAGCCUGAAUAUUGGUUCUCUAUACCCAGAGAAAAAGUGGAUCAAUUGUACGCUUUCUUCGUUCAGUGGACACCAGAUAUCUAUGGUGACGACGACGAUAUGGAUCCCGAACAGCGAGGUUUCGUUGUUUUUGAUGAAGAUGAUUUAGAGAGUGUGGAGAAUCUAGAAUUCGUUGACAAACAUUUUGACAGUGUUCAGAAGAUACGUAAAGAUUGGGAGAUCAUCAGUAAAGUGGAGGCCAUCAGACGUAUGUCAAGUUUGGAUAUAGAAGAAAGUUUCCCAUUACCAGAAUUAAUCGGUGACACGACCAUUUUAUCUAGUGAAGAACAUAUAAGACAGUUAUCCAAUGCUUUACCACCGAGAACUAUUGGUUAUCCCUGGACGCUGGUUUACAGUUCUGAGGUUCAUGGCUUCAGUUUAAAAACACUAUACAGAAACAUGCAGGGACUGGAUAGUCCGGUCUUACUGGUUGUCGAAGACACUACUGGACACAUAUUUGGUGCUGUUGUAAAUUGUCCUCUUAAAAUCAGCGAUCAUUUUUAUGGUACUGGAGAAUCUUUUCUUUAUACAUUUUACCCAGAAUAUAAGGUGUUCCAUUGGUCAGGAGAGAAUAAUUUUUUUAUUAAAGGAAAUCAGGAGAGUUUAGCUAUUGGUGCUGGACAGGGAUUAUUUGGUUUAUGGUUUGAUGGUGAUUUAUACCAUGGUAGAUCACAUAAGUGUGAUACAUUCGAUAAUGACAUACUUACAGAGGCCGAAGAUUUCUGUGUUAAAGGUUUCGAGGCCUGGGCAUUUAUUUAAGCUGUGAAAAAUAAAGAGAUUAACCAUAUCAUAUAAAUAGAAGAAAACGAGCCAGAUUUUACAACUUUCAUACAUGACUUGAGAGUUAUCUUCCCUUGUUGCUAGGGGAGUGUGUUAUCUCCCCUUUUUGUUAGGGGGAGUGUGUUUGUGUAAAUAUGUUAAUGAUGUUAUUGUAUGUUUGGAGUUGCAAUAAGCGAUAUAUCUAAUAGACUAUGAUGUAUAUGUGCAAUCAGAGACACUAUGGAAUGUUUGGAAUGGAAUGUGUCCAAGACUUAAAUGGUUGCAGGAAUGGAAAUAUGAAAUGAGAAAAUUGUUAUUACUUUGUUAAAUUUGACAGUGCUUACACAAACUGAAGUGCUGGAUGUUGGGGGAAAAAAUGUUGACCUUUAUUCUCUGACAGUUGGGCUUGCUCUUUGUUAGUUUAUCGAAAUAAUACUUGAUGACCUCGACUACCUACAGUACUUAUCAUUAUACAGUUUACACUAUAUUUCACCUUUAUAUAUACUAGUUACUAUAGCUACACAUGUGUGUAAACAUCCACCUUAUUUCUAGUUGCUAUAGCUACACAUGUGUAAACAUCCACUGUUUUUCCAGUUUCUAUAGUUACCCAUGUGUAAACAUACACCAGUUUCUAGUUGCUAUAGUUACACAAGUGGAAACAUCCACCAUAUUUCUAGUUGCUAUAGUUACACAUGUGUGAACAUCAACCAUGUUUCUAGUUGCUAUAGUUAUACACUAUAUUAAUACAUGUUGUCAACAUAAUAUUUUGUGUAGGCUGCACUAAACUAAGAUAUUAUUUUCUACUAGUUUGGGAUUUUAUGCAUUUGUAAUGGCCACAGAUUAACCAGUUUGGAAAAUAUCUUAAUUCCUGGCAUAUUUUUAUGGUCAUGAUUCUCGGGACUUCUUUUGCGGCGGCACAAAAUUCUAAAGACCAUGUGGGACGUUGCCUAUCCAUCUUAGAUAUAAUCCACUGUCAAAUGUUUUACUCUUGUUUACAUAUUCCUACAGUCAACUAACUACUUUCUCUACUUGUAUUAUUUUCUUCUUAAAGAAAGAAAAAAGAAGCACAUAUUGUAAUAGGUGUAUGACCUAAAGGAUAAUUGUAAUGUAAAACAUAUUCCAUGCUUUUUUGUGAUAUAAAUUAUUGGUGUUUUAUAUCUAUUAUACAUAUAUAUUUAUCAACUGUGGUAUAAUACAUAUACUAGUAUAUCUAUCAUGCUAUAAUACAAACCAGUAUACUGUGGUAUACCAGUAUAUCUACUAUGUUAUGAUACAUACUAGUGUAUAUUUACUGUGGUAUAUACUGCUAUAUCUACUGUGGUAUAAUACGUAUACUAGUAUAUCUACUGUGCUGUAAUACAUAUACUGUGGUAUAAUAUGUACACUGCUAUAUCUACUGUGGUAUAAUACAUAUACUAGUAUAUCUACUGUACUGUAAUACAUCUAUAUCUACUGUGGUAUAAUACAUAUACUUGUAUAUCUACUGUGCUGUAAUACAUCUAUAUCUACUGGUGUAUAAUAUAUUUCUAUGUAUAAACUGUUUUGGCAUCAAAUGUUAUAUAUUAUAUUAUUUAUUCACAUGACAAACCUAUAAUCAACUCUCUAGAUCAUCAGAUGGCAGAGAUGUAAACAGAUUAAAAUAUGAAAGUCAUUUAAUGAUUGAAUUCUUAAAAUGAAGAGGCGAGGCUGUGUCGCUAUUAACAAGCACAUGGCUGCGAUAAUAAACAAUCUAAGUCAAAACUUCAAACAGUGAUAGCAUCGCUCUAAAUAAAGUAAUUUGAAUUAGUUUUACAAUAUAUUACCAGGUAUUUUACAUUAUCUAUUUUGGAACUAUUAUGGCAAGAACCGUUAGCUCUUUAUCUAAAUCUUACAGAAUUCCACUUUAAGGCUAAUAAAUAGUUUUGGUUACUAAAUGAUUAAUUACUAUAAAGUCUACUCAAUAUUACAUGAAAAUGAAAUAAAAUGGGGUUUAAAGUUACAAUUUCAUAUUUUCUAAGAAAGUCAAAACAUAAUUAUUUCUAUGUCUUUUGCUCAAUAGGUUGUCAACUCACUAUUAUCCGAUCAUAGGUGUCAUUCUCACACUUUAAACUCAUUUACACCGGAAAUAAUAACACAAUUACCUCCCAACUACCUCCCUUGUUUUCUAUUCUCCACCCUGGAGUAGUUAUCUUCAAACGUUGGAAUUUGAAGAUGAAAAUGAUAUUUUUGCCAAUUUCUCAACUGGCAAUAGUGAAUUAUAGGAUUAAUAGGAUUAUUCUUUAAAAAGGUAGGACUGUUUAUAGAUACCAUCUAUUUUAAGGCUUUAUUUUAAUAAAUUGUAAAAAUGUAACUUAAAAAUAUGAAAUUGCAACUUUAACGUCCUAAUGUGAGAGAAAUUUUGCCCAGACAGCGGCACUACCGCAGCUUCUUAUAUUGAAUUCCAACUGCCAAGGGAUCUUUUACGUGCAUGCCGAUAUGUACACGGGACCUCAGUUUUUUGUCCCAUCCGAACGACUAGACAGCUGUCUUGUCAGGCCAUCCGUCGUGCACUACUGACAAGGGGAAACCACAUUGGAAAAUCUCGAAGGAAGUCAGUUUAUGAGACAAGUAUAUUAUACUAAUUUGGGGGUGGAUGGCCGAAUGGUUAGCGUGUGCGCUUUGCAUCAUAAGGUCUGUCCUUGAGUCAACUGGCAGGGUUUCGAUUCCCUGGGUGUACGUGGCAAGAAGUAAGGUCGCCUGUCCAACCUCGUAGGUUUUCCUUGGGUUUCCUUCCACUGCUAAAGACCCCUACACUCAAGUGAGUUGUUUGAUUGUGAUCGAGGGGUUCUGCAAGGUUUAUUGGUGUUGAGAAGGUCUCUAAGGUAUUGAGGUGAAGAAUCGUAUUUAGAGCAGAAUGCGUAAUAGACAGUAUUUUAAAAUUUACAGAGCAAUAAGUGGUUAUAGGGUACUCAUGAAUUUAUUUCAUUGUUAAGCAUUUUCAUGAAACACCAAUAGUUUAUUAAGGAUUUCAUUGUAUGGAAUGCUAUCGCCUAGCCCCGAGUUCACAAAGCAUUCUCAGACUUAAGUUAAGAAUUUACUCAAAAUUGUUCGCCUUAUUUUAACUAAAAUAUAACCCUUUAUAAAACUAUUGUUGUUUUAAUGUAUCAAAUACAUCAAUAAGAAACUAUGUGCAAAGUUUUGUGUUUCUGGAUCAACGAUAUUUCUCAUAAACAGUGAUUCAAAGUUGAGUAAAUUCUUAACUUAAGUCUGAGAAUGCUUUGUGAACUUGAAGCCUGGUUUCUGGGGUAAAAAAAUAAAAAUUUUGAUCAGAGUUUGAUGUGUUGAUUUGUUUUGUGGAGUAGAUGCCUUUGUUUAAAACCAAAGUUUAUUUAUAUAUCUUAGUUUCUCUUCCACGGUCUGUCCUUGAGUCAAGUGGUGUAGUUCCGAUUCCCCGCUUGAACGUGACAAGGGAUAGGGUCGUCUGUCCAACGUCGUGAGUUUCCCCCCCCCCCCCCGUUUCCUCCCACUGCUAAAGACCCUUAUGCACAAGCGAAUUAUUGAAAUGUUAGUCCAGAAAUUACCUAGUUUGUGUCAAGUGGAUCUCUCUCUCACUCUCCCUCUCCAAGGGUUGAAACUAAACCAAAAUGAGUAAUCAUACCCACUUAGAAUUUAAACAGAUUACAUUUUGUCCAAUUGUUACUGGUACUCCAAUUGUUAGGGUACUCCAGUAUACUCCAAUUGUUACUGGUAUUCCAAUUGUUAUUGUACUCCAACAGUUACUGGUACUCCAGUAUACCCCAAUUGUUACUGGUACUCCAAUUGUUACUGAUACUCCAAUUAACAAAACAUAUCAACAACUGUGGUCAACAUUUUAUUUGGAUCUAUAUUAAUUUGGUUUAGAUCAUUUAAUAAUGUGUGUGAAAUGACAUACUGUAGACUGUAUAUUGUUUAUAUGUGUAUGAUAUGAUAUACUGUAGACUGUAUAUUGUUUAUAUGUGUAUGAAAUGAUAUACGGUAGACUGUAUAUUGUUUAUAUGUGUAUAUAAUAUAUAAUCUAGAUAAAACUAUAUAAUGAUGUAAUUAUAAACUGCUUCCAAUUACAAUGCUCUGAUGUAAUUAUAGACUGUUUCCAAUUACAAUGCUCUGAUGUAAUUAUACACUGUUUCCUAUUACAAUGCUCCCUUUCCAAUAUAGACUGCAUCCAAUUAUAGACUGUUUCCAGUAAAAAUGGUAUGAUGUAAUUAUAGACUGUUUCCAGUAAAAAUGCUAUGAUGUAAUUAUAGACUGUUUCCAGUAAAAAUGCUAUGAUGUAAUUAUAGACUGUUUCCAUUAACAAUGCUCUGUUUCCAAUAACAAUGCUCGGAAGUAAUUAUAGUUUGUUUCCAGUAAUAAUGCCCUGUUUCCAAUAACAAUGCUCGGAAGUAAUUAUAGUUUGUUUCCAGUAAUAAUGCCCUGUUUCCAAUAACAAUGCUCGGAAGUAAUUAUAGUUUGUUUCCAGUAAUAAUGCCCUGUUUCCAAUAACAAUGCUCGGAAGUAAUUACAGACUGUUUUCAAUAACAAUGAUAUUUAAUUACAGACUGUUUCCAAUAACUAGGGGCGCCAGUCCAACCUUGUGGGUUUUCUCCGGGUCUUCCGGUUUCCUCCCGCUGCUAAAGGCCCCUACGCGCAAGCAAAUUUUUUAAAAUAAAAUUGAACCAUAUGUUAGUCCCAAAAUGACCUUAUUUGUGUCGAGUGGACGUUAAACCCCAUUUCUCUUUCUCCCUGUUUCCAGUAUGCUGUGAUGUAAUUAUUAACUGUUUACAUUAGGAUGCCCUGAUAUAAUUAUAGACCGUUUUCAAUAACAAUAAUACCCUGUUUAUAGACUGUUUCUCAUAACAUUGCUCUAAUAUAAUUCUGCACCUUUUCCUUUCAUGUCUGUUUAUGAAAUAAUACAAUGAUGAACUUAAUGUCUGAUUCCAUUAACCAUAUGAUACUAUGAUGCAAUUAUAGACUGUUUCCCUUUAAUGUAUGAAAUAUAUAAAUUUAUAUAUAUAUUAUCAAGAAUUAUUAUGUAUAUUAGUAUGAAGAAAUCACUGUAACCCAGGUAUCAUUUAAUCUUGUGUAUCUAGCCCUUAUUUCUUUCACAUUCGUUUAAUAGCAAAUCUUUGUGUAAAAAUUAUUUAAAAUCACCAAAAAUCUUCUAAUUUGUACUUGUGUCCAGUUUAAAAGUGACUGAUUAAUAAGUGUUCAGUUUACAAGUAUUUAAUUUCGUGACAAUAGUUAAAAAAUUAAUCAUUAUUAAUCAUCGGUUGUUUAUUUUUUAACAGUGAUCAAGAAAUUAAACGCUUGUAAAUUGGACACUCAUUAUCAAAACUGAAUGGUCAGCUUUAAACUGGACACAAGAAGAAAUUAGAUGAUUUUUGGUGAUUUUAAAUGAUUUUUAAAAAAUUUUAAACAAAGAUUUGAUAUUAAACGAAUGUUAAAGAAAUUAAUGCUAGAUACACAAGAUAAUAUGAUACUCAGAUUACAGUGAAUGCAGUGUAACGCUUUAUAGUGCCAAAAUACAACAAUACGCAUUUGCAAUGGCUGCAAAUGCACAAAAAUAUGGGAGGUAGAUAAAUGUCUAAUUUGUACUUGUGUCCAGUUUAAAAGUGACUGAUUAAUAAGUGUUCAGUUUACAAGUAUUUAAUUUCGUGACCAUAGUUCAAAAAUUAAUCAUUAUUAAUCAUCGGUUGUUUAUUUUUUAACAGUGAUCAAGAAAUUAAACGCUUGUAAAUUGGACACUCAUUAUCAAAACUGAAUGGUCAGCUUUAAACUGGACACAAGAAGAAAUUAGAUGAUUUUUGGUGAUUUUAAAUGAUUUUUAAAAAAUUUUAAACAAAGAUUUGAUAUUAAACGAAUGUUAAAGAAAUUAAUGCUAGAUACACAAGAUAAUAUGAUACUCAGAUUACAGUGAAUGCAGUGUAACGCUUUAUAGUGCCAAAAUACAACAAUACGCAUUUGCAAUGGCUGCAAAUGCACAAAAAUAUGGGAGGUAGAUAAAUGUCAAAUUAUGUUCGCUAUCAAUAAGCUUAAACGUAGCCGGAAAAGCUUCAAAUGUUUUUAAAUAAUGCAAGUAAUUAUUUGAACGAAUGUCAAUAUUACCUGCAACAGGUAAAUUUCAACGUUAGUAAUUUCCGCCGUUCUCCAUGAGUAAUCGUAACUUUCCGUCAUUUUAGUCUUUCUGCUCAUAUUCUAGUCUAUAUUUCUAUGAUCAGAAGGUUUGAAAUUACGUCACGGAUUGUUUAUUGACGGAAAGUUACGACUAAAUACUAACGUUGAAAUUUACCUGUAGCAGGUAAUAUUGACAUUCGGGUUUGUGUUAUACUUAUGGAAAGGAUAUGUUGACAUAAUUACUUGCAUUAUUAACAAAAAUUAUGAAGGCAUCUGAUAUUGUCGGUUCAAUAGAUUUUAGGGGUUUAUUUUGCUCUUGGUAAAACAGUUAAGAUAGAAACUUUGCAAUGUUGUCUCAUUUUACUUUGUCUUUAUUCAUGUCUAGGAGUCCACCAAUCAUGACAGAACUAGUUUAAUAAUAUACUAGACUUGUAUGGAAGACAACCUCUGCCAAUAUCACUGAAAGUUAAUAUCACCACUUAGUUACUGUAUGGAAGACAACCUCUGCCUAUAUCACUGAAGGAUGAAAUUUAAACUCAGUGAUUAGUUACAGUUGGUUAAAUCUUUGAUAUUAUAAAGAUCUCCCCCAUUACAAUACAUCCAACAUGUAGUCAAAUAUUGGCAAAGGUAAUGAUGCUAUAAUUAUCUGGAUGUUUGGCAGAUACCUUUGUCCAUAUUAUUAUGAUGUUAUAUUGACCAAGGUUGUUGUCCAUAUUAUUAUAAUCUUGUAAUAUAGAGAGGGAUUUAUGGCCGAGAUUUCUGUCCAUGUUACUAUAGUGAUGUUAUAGAGAAUGAUUUAUGGCCGAGAUUUCAAUCCAUAUUAUUAUAAUCUUGUAAUAUAGAGAGGGACUUAUGACAGGAAUUUCUGUCCAUUUCACUAUAGUAAUAUUAUAGAGAAUGAUUUAUGGCUGAGAUUUCAAUCCAUAUUAUUAUAAUUUUGUAAUAUAGAGAGGGGCUUUCUGUCCAUAUUAUUAUAGUAUUGUCACCUAGAGAAGGAUUUAUGGUAGAGAUUUCAGUCCAUAUUAUUAUUUGUAUGUAUAUAUCUAUAUAUAUAUAUAUAUAUCACCAGUCACUAUAACAACAAGCUGUACUUACUAUUAAUAUAAUCACCAUCUAUAAUUAGUUGUUACAAAUAAAAUAUAAAUCAUA